AUGUUCCAAUUUCUCAGAGAUUCCAACAGCUCUGAGUGCCAGGUCUCUGAGUUCAUUCUGAUGGGAUUCCCAGGCAUUCACAGCUGGCAGCACUGGCUCUCCCUGCCCCUGGCUAUGCUCUACCUUUUGUCUCUCAUUGCCAACAUCCUUAUCCUAACCAUCAUCAACAGAGAGGCAGCACUGCAGCAGCCUAUGUACCAUUUUCUGGGCAUCCUGGCUGUGGUAGACAUGGGACUGGCUACCACUAUCAUGCCUAAGAUUUUGGCCAUCUUAUGGUUCAAUGCUAAGGCCAUCAGUCUCCCUGAGUGCUUUGCUCAGAUGUUUGCCAUCCAUUGGUUUGUGGCUAUGGAGUCAGGUAUCUUUGUCUGCAUGGCUAUAGAUCGGUUUGUAGCUAUUUGCAAACCACUACAAUAUCCAUCAAUAAUUACUGAAUCUUUUGUGAUCAAAUCAACUAUGUUCAUGGCACUCAGAAACAGUUUGUGUCUCCUCUCAGUGCCUGUAUUGGCUGCACAGAGAUCUUACUGCUCCCAGAACCAAAUAGAGCACUGUCUUUGCUCUAACCUUGGAGUCACUAGCUUAUCCUGUGAUGACAGGAAAGUCAACAGUAUCAACCAAAUAAUUCUGGCUUGGGCAAUCAUGGGAAGUGAUCUGAGUUUGAUUAUUUUAUCAUAUACUUUCAUUCUGAAAUCUGUGCUGAAAUUAAACUCAAUGGAAGCUGCCUCCAAGACCUUAAGUACCUGCACUUCACACCUCAUCCUAAUCAUUUUCUUCUACACUAUCAUCAUUGUCAUUUCCAUCACUCAUAUUGUAGGAAUGAAAAUUCCACUUAUCCCAGUCCUUCUCAAUGUGCUGCACAAUGUUAUUCCCCCUGCCCUCAACCCUGUGGUAUAUGCACUCAAGAAUAAGGCUCUCAGACAGGGCUUAUACAAGGUGCUUAGGCUGGACACCAAAGGAAGCUAA